AUGAAUAAGCAAGACGCGCAAAUUUGUUCGUGGUUAGAGGAGUCUGAUUUAGAAGAGACCGGUGCACAAUGUUUCGACGAAAGUAUGUCUGAAAGCGAUCGGGACAGUGAAAAUUUGGAACAUAAUAGUGAUACCGAACAGUCAGGAGAUGAAAUGAUGUCAUCGGAGACAUGUUUCCAUCGACUCAAUUUAGUCGAUCAUCGGCCAUCGACUAGUUUCAAUCAAUUGACAACGAUUCCUAGGAGUCGCAGCCGUUCUCCUGUCACCUCCCGGAGACCAUCUCGCAGUGCACGUCAACAUCGUGAACGUUUGUCGUUUAGAUCUUCAUCAACAUCUUCAAAUUCAUCGAGCGAUGAACCUUUGGCUCACAUACGAGUAAGACCAAUUCGAACAUUUCAAACUGAGAGAAAUUUCAUUGAACCUACUACAAAUCGUCCUCCAAGAGUGCCUGUGUACAAAGGUAAAGAUGGAACAAAAUGGUUAAAAAGUCCUCCUUCAAGACCUUUCAUACGAACAAGAGCUGAAAAUAUAGUUACGAAUCCUCCUGGAGUGCGUGGAGAAAAUGCUAAAAAUUCAAAGACGCCAUUAGAUUGCUUCCGCCUUUUCAUUACUCAACAAAUGCUAGAAGGUAUAGUUUCUUUUACUAACAUCCGCAUACGUGCUAACCAGCACAAGUUUUUACGAGAAAGAGAUACUAAAGAAACUGAUAUAUUAGAAAUAGAAGCUUUGAUAGGUCUUCUUUUGAUGGCAGGCUUGAAAAAAAUGCAUCAUGUGAAUAUUCACGAAAUGUGGAAUGAUGAUGGUACUUCCCCUGAUAUAUUAAAAGCAACCAUGUCAAUCAAGAGGUUUUACUUUUUAAUGAGGAACAUUCGUUUUGACGACAUUCAUACUAGAACGGAGCGGGUCAAGCUAGAUAACAUGGCGGCAAUGAGAGAUAUUUUUGGAAUCUUUUGUACGUAA